AUGGAAGACGACGAAGCAUGCAUCACUGGGCUAUGUUUGGGACUAGGAAUGGGAGGGCAUGUUCCACAGAAGGGUAAGCAGAAAGAGAACAAGCCUGUGGCGUGCCUAGACUUGGCGUUUGAGCUUUGUCCAAAAGGGGAAACCAUUAACCUGAAUCAUGAUAAGGUAGAAAGCACUGAUUCUGAUAACAGCAACAACAACAACAGAUGCAGAAAGAAACUGAGACUUUCCAAGGAACAAUCAUCCAUGCUUGAGAACAGCUUCAAACUGCAUAGCACUCUUAACCCGGUCCAGAAACAAGCACUAGCUGAUCAAUUGAAUUUAAAGACAAGACAAGUUGAAGUUUGGUUCCAGAAUAGAAGAGCAAGGACCAAACUGAAGCAGACAGAAGUGGACCGUGAGUUGUUGAAGAAACACUGUCAAAAUCUAAGUGAUGAGAACAAAAGAUUGAAGAAGGAAUUGCAGGAGCUACGUGCACUUAAGGUUGGACCAUCGCCUCUAUGCAUUCAACUAACCAAAACGGCGACUCUGACUACGUGUUCUUCGUGCGAGAAACUAGUAAAACUGAAUGAAGGAAAUAAGAAAAUAGAGUUAGAGGGUAGAAAUUGA